AUGCCUCUUCGAGACCUAUUGAAGAAGAGAGACAAAAUCAAGACUGAAGGCACUGCUUCAAGUGACCAUUCUGGACCUCCUUUAUCUCCCGAUGUUCCAGAGUUUACGUUUAUGCGCACGACGACCAAUACUCAGGAGCGCAUCGAGCCACCGAAUUACCCUGGCGACCCGACGCGCCAGCAGCCAUUGCUUUCGCCAGACUCGCACAAAUCUUUUGGGAGGUUCAGGAGGUCAAGCAAUGCAUCCCAGACACAGAGCGGGGGGGACGAGCAUCGCGGGAAGGGGGACAACAUGCUCUCGGGCUUCCGUCGAAGUAGAUCUUCGAGCUCGGUGAACGUCCCAGGGAACCUGCCUGCCGUAAACGAGGGUGUUGCGCGCAACGAGGAUGACGAGGCCAAGUGGGAAAAAAGAGCAACCAUUAUGGUGCAAGGAAGCGUUUUGAGCCAAAGUGGGAGCACGACGCCGGUGCACGAGGGUGGAAAUGCAACGUCACAACGAGCGAGGAGUCGAAGCAUUAGCGAACCUUCAGGAGAUACAAACAUACAGGAGGCAAUACGACUACAUGAGUCUGGAAAUCUUGAAGCAUCGACUAAGCUCUUUGCGAAACUGGCAGACCCGAAUGGAGAGAAUAAUGCUCUCAGUCAAGUCCUUUACGGGCUUGCUCUGCGGCAUGGCUGGGGUUGUGAAAAGAACCUCGAACAGGCCGUCACAUAUCUCAAUCUUGCAGCUUCCAAUAGUGCUAACAUAGAGGCACUUGCACUGUCAGCGGGUAUGAAGAAGGGGGGAGCAGCAAAAGGCGAGCUGGUACUCGCCAUGUACGAGCUGGCUAAUUGCUUCCGGAAUGGUUGGGGCAUCAAGAAAGAUCCGGUGGCCGCAAAGCAAUACUACGAGACGGCAGCUAAUCUAGGUGACACUGAUGCUAUGAACGAAGUAGCCUGGUGCUAUCUUGAAGGCUUCGGAUGUAAGAAAGACAAGUUCAAAGCGGCUCAGUUUCUUCGACUCUCUGAGGAAAAGGGCAAUAAACAACUAGGUAACACAUGGUAA